AUGAGGACUGUGACGGGUUGGAGAUUUUGCAUGGACUAUCACAAGCUUAACACUGCUACGUGCAAGGAUCACUUCCCUAUGCCUUUUAUUGAUCAGUUGCUUGAUCGGCUAGCGGGGCGGUCUUACUAUUGCUUGCUAGACAGGAUGCCUUUCGGUCUUUGCAAUGCUCCUGCUACCUUUCAACGGUGUAUAAUAUCGAUAUUCUCUGAUAUGGUGAAAGACUUUCUUGAGUGCCACUUCAUGAUGAAGAAAGGGAUCGUUCUCAGGCAUAAAAUCUCUGAAACGGGGAUUGAGGUCGAUCAGGCAAAGAUUGAUGUGAUUUCAAAGCUCCCUCCACCUAUCUCAGCUAAGUUCAAGUUUGAUGAGAAGUACCAAAAUGAAUUCGAUGAAUUGAAGGAGUGUUUCAACACAACUCCUAUUAUUGUUUCUCCUGACUGGUCUCUGCCGUUCGAGUUGAUAUGUGGUAUGAGCGGUUUUGCUAUUGGUGUCGUGCUUGGACAGAGACAUAAUAAAAUCAUGCACCCUAUGUACAAUGCUAGUAAAACAUUGAAUGCGGUUUAG